ACUUUCCUUCAUUGUACAUAACUGUACAUUAUUUAUAUCCGUAAACUUUCCUUCAUUGUACAUACAGUAAAAGACUAGAAAUGCCUGAGAAAUCUCAAGACAAGUUAUCAACGAUACUAAAUCGAUUUGUAAUUGCUUCAUUGUCUUGUUUUAACUCCUACUCUGUAUAAAACUUGAGUAAUUGACGCGUUCAGAUUUUGAGUUUUACUCUUUCACACCUGACACUCAUGCAUAUUAUAGUGCUAAUGACUGUCGUUCUCAACUCAUAUUCAAAUAAUCUUCUACAUCAUCGGCGUUAGACAAGGGCUGGACUUUGGAUUAAACUCUAACCUCAGGGAUUUAUAACCACUUAGCUGUACGUCCGUCAACAAGAGUCUGAAGAAAGCGAUGGUUUUUUCCAAGUUCACCCGAUAACCUUUGUUGGAGAUAAUUAUUAAAACCAACUGCGAAAAAGUCCAGAACCUGCGUGGAAUAUACAUAAAAACUUAUAGCCUGCUUCUUAAAAGACUUACAGUAUCAUAUCCACUUCUAUAACUUUUGGUGAGAUGGACAAAGAAAAUACAUCGACGGAACACAGGCUCGGAGAAGACAUCAAAUUCAAAACCAAGAUAGACAUUUCAAAUGGGAACAAUUCGACAUUUUGUAGAAAUGAAACCGAAAAAGAGCGAUCGCUUAAGGAGAUGCAAGUAUCUAUAGAAGUUGCACCGUCUCUAGGAAAUGUUUUCGAAACAGACAUCCUAGAAAAGUCUACGAAUACGGAAAAGGUUCGGAAAAGGAUACAAACGGAAAACAAACCACUUAACAACAAUUAUAACUCUACAGGGUCAUUGAACACCCUCACUGAAAACAUCCAAGAAAAAGCGAACCUUUUCCGAGACAUCGUCCAGGCUUUGUUGGUUCGCGUGUUCCUGUUCAUUCACAGCUGUCUGUGUGUCUGGAGAGCAGCAGACGUUCAAAAGGACGACAUCUAUUGGUUGUUUGCCAUCAGUGACAUUCUCCUUGGGGUCGAGGCUUUCUAUACGUGUGUCUUUCGAAAAGGGCGGGAUCCAAAAUGGAUUUGUCCGUGUUUUUUGUUGUACUUACUGGGGACCGUGCCUGCUAUGUGGAUUCUCCAGCUUGACGUCCUGGAAAGGAAGUUUAACGUCAAUAUGACGUCUAAUUCGACAGCAGAGGAACUUUCAGCUUUCUACGGGGUAGUAAAAUUAAUCCCGAUAUCACUUGAUGGUGACACAUGGGCGUCCGUUCUACAACAACUCCCUCUGUUCGUUCUUGUGAUUGGACGAAUGUUACUACCACGUGGUCACAUAACACAUGACGAACUCUCACAGACUCUGUUCAUUUUCAUUGGCGCGGGAUCUGACGUCAUGGAGUUCUUUGUCGUGUUCGAAGAUGUCGUUUUUUACAACAACACGGGACUGAAGUACGCCACUCUCAUUAUCUGGAGCAUCAGUUUACUGCAGUUCAUCUUCGUCAUUGCAGUCGCCAAGGGCCCUAAGAGGUUCCGAAUGGGAACAAUGACUCCCGAAACGGAGGGUUUGCAUAAACACUUCGGAACCGAAUUACGUACCUACUCGGCUAUUUCCGUAAUCACAGUCAAAGCUACGGAAAAGGACGAGCGUAAAACCGUUGGUGACGUUGCCAACGACAACAGGAGAUUCGAGACCGCUUCUGGCGGAGAAGACGCCUCCAGUUUCUAUAAGAGGCUGGGACUGGACAUACUGACCCCGUCCUCCACUUCCGGCCUGUCUCAGCAGACUACACUGAGCAGGGGAAAUCUAGUCAAGCAAUCUUUGCUUACAGCUUCUCAAACAUUAAACCCCGCCCUAAGACAUGCCAAUGGGGUGCUACCGUUGGUCCAGUCUCACCAGAGAGACAAUCAGACAAACUCUGCAAGGUCUUUAUACGCAAGUCAGAAUGCAGGGUUCAAGUCAGCAGAGACCAGUCUGUCCCAGAAUGUACACACUAUUCAUCCCGUUGGUGGCUACCCAUCUACCCACCGUCAUGGACAUGACUCGAACCAUCCUCGCCAUUCAAAUUAUGAACAAUGGAAGCAGUCAAAUCAUCAUGAUGCUAAUGGGAACCAGUCAAUUCAUGCUCACGGGUACCCGUUAAACCAUGGGCAGCAACCAAGCCAGUCUCGUGGACAUCAGUCUUACCUCCAUGGGCACCAGUCUACUCAUUCCAGUGAGAACCAAGCACACCGUGCACAAACCAAGACUGACUUUGUCAAUGAUGGCGCCCCAAGUUGGUCACGAAAAGAUCCACUUCAAAUUUAUGAUGGUUCAGAACCAAGAUUUGACAGACCAAUCAGGAAACAGCCUCAGGUCAAGCCAAUCGACAAGUAUGCCCCUCCUGGCUACCUUACAAUCAUGUAUCACCCGACACCAACUCUAGAGGACCUGGGACUGACCAGUUAUUUGGACAGUCCUCCCUCAUCACCAAGAGCUAUGUCACCCGUCAGAGAUUCUGAGCAGAUUGUGACAAUGGAAACUAGCCAGUCGGAACAAACCGAUGAAACAGUGGCUGUAAGCUGUAAGCAGGCUGAUACCAUAGCGACAACUAAUUAUAAGCAGACUGAUACAAAAGCUGCAGGCUCUAGGAUAACGGACACAUUACUUCCUUGGAAACUGAUAAGGAUCACCAUCCCAGAUCAGGACGUCAAGCCGACUGUACAUCUGGAGGAAAGUCAUGUUGGUGACCCACGUCUCCUGUUUGGGAGACGAUCAAGAGGACAACUCCCCAAGAGGGAAAGCAGUGCUUGUGUAGGACAAUUACGACUCCCCGAGACGGAAGGAAGUGUGUGUGACACACGCCAUAAUUUGUCUACCUCGCAUCCUACAGCUCACCCAUUCUCGUCUGCUCUGACAGUACCAAACGAUGCAAAGAGAAAGAAACCAGUGUCUAGGUCGGCUGAAUCGGAGAGACCCAAGAAAAAGUUGUGUGUCUGGUCAACAGUCGCUGAGCAGUACGUGACAGAGAGUCGUCAGUCUGAUAACCAAGAGGCAAGACGUGACGCAGCGUACAAACGCUACAGCACUGACGGGCGUCCAUGCAUGCGUCAACUAUCAUAUGACGCAGAGCAUUACCACGCUAACAUCAAAUGCCAGACGCAGCAUGCAAGGAAAGAGUCGUAUGAUGAGAUGCUUGCUCGUCAGAAAGCUAUACAGAACAGGCGUCAACAUCUCAAACCUGGUAUCCAGCCUCUAGAACACACAAACAGUGUCAGCCCCAACUUGUUAAUUCAUUCAGACAACAAGGUUCCACAGACUGAAUCCGGACCCGCUGUCUCUCUGGACCUGUUUGGUGGGAUGUCACCAUUUAGUUGUUGGAAUCAGACAGUCCCGGAAGAUCCGAGCUGCGUCUCAGCUCACCUUCAUGAGGCGACCCUAGGAAAGUUUGGCGGCAAACCGUUUUAACAGAAUUUCAUCCGAGUCAACUCUGUCGCCCAUAGCAUGUCAGACUCACAGAAAAGAGAAAUGAGAGACAGUGUUGAAGAAAUGUUUAAUCAUGCAUAUGGAUCUUAUAUGAAAUAUGCCUUUCCUGCUGAUGAGUUAAUGCCGUUAAGUUGUAAAGGACGAUAUCGUGGGACAGAGCCAAGCAGAGGGGAUGUUGAUGACAGCUUAGGAAACUUUACUCUAACUUUGAUUGACACUUUGGAUACUUUGGCUGUACUUGGCCAAGUAGAAAAGUUUGAAUCAGCAGUGCAGUUGGUUAUAGAUUAUGCCAAGUUUGACAGUGAUAUCAUUGUAUCAGUGUUUGAAACUAAUAUUCGUGUACUGGGAGGGUUGCUAGGGGGCCAUGUAAUGGCUACAUAUUUUAAGAGAAAACGUCGAGCGAUGGAAUGGUAUAAUGGAGAGCUAUUGAUGAUGGCUAAAGAUGUGGGUUUUCGUCUUCUGCCAGCAUUUAAUACAACCACCGGUAUUCCUUAUCCCAGGAUUAAUUUGAAAUACGGAAUGGAUAAAGAUAACUUAUCACAGCGAAGCAAGGACACUUGUACUGCCUGUGCAGGCACCAUGAUUUUAGAAUUUGCUGCGCUAAGCAGACUCACGGGAGAACAUGUAUUUGAGGAAAAAGCCCACAAAGUGAUGGACUAUCUGUGGCAACAGCGACACAGCUCCAGUGACCUGCUGGGGACGGUCAUCAAUGUUCAUAACGGGGACUGGAUACGGAGGGAGGCGGGUGUUGGUGCUGGUACUGACUCAUAUUAUGAAUAUGUACUGAAAGCCUAUGUUUUACUUGGAGAUGAGAAAUACUUGUACAGAUUUGACAAGCAUUAUAAUUCCAUAAUGAAAUACAUGAGUAAGGGGCCCAUGAUGGUAGAUGUCCACAUGCACAAGCCAACAUCAUCUGCUCGCCACUUCAUGGAUGCCCUACUGGCUUUUUGGCCCGGAUUGCAGGUGUUGAAAGGCGAUAUAAGUCCCGCCAUAAAAACCCAUGAAAUGCUGUAUCAAGUUAUCCAAAGACAUAAUUUUUUACCUGAGGCAUUCACCACAGACUUCAAGGUCCACUGGGGACAACAUCCUUUAAGACCAGAGUUUGUAGAGUCAACUUAUUUUCUGUACAAGGCUACACAUGACCCCCAUUAUCUACAAGUCGGCAAGUUGAUGGUGGAGAACCUCAAUAAACAUGCCAGGGUGCCGUGUGGAUUCGCCGCCAUUAGUGAUGUUAUGACUGGCAAACAUGAGGAUCAGUUGGAUUCGUUUGUGCUGGCGGAGACCUUUAAGUACCUGUAUCUGUUGUUCUCGGAGGAGAAAGACUUGGUGGUGCCGGUCAAUGAGUACAUCUUCACCACCGAGGCCCACCUCCUCCCCCUAGCCCUGUCCCUAGUCAACGCCUCCACCUUAGAAACCAAGGUGAAAACAAACCUGUACGAUAUUGACCUAGAUGGACCCUCCAUAAUGGACCCCGAGGAUGAUGGCGACCAACAAACCUGUCCCAACCCAUUGCAUAUGAACAAAGGAACCACAUCCUAUGCAUUUGAUAUCCGUACUGAGCUCAAGGAUUAUGUUAACAACAUUAUGUCAACAGAAGAUGGCAGUUGCAGAAGACCAGGACCCAGAUUACGAGCUGCAGAAUUCUUGAUCGGUAACAAAGAGCACCAGGAUCUGAUUGGUCGGAUGGGAAUCAAGAUCUCUACGAUGAGCGAUGGUCGACUUCAGCUUCUUCACUCUUCUGGAUCUGCUGCCUCGAAGCAAGAUGCAGAAGAUGGAUUAGAAUUCAUGAAAGAAAUGAUUGAGCUGUCCCAGAAUGCCCAGCAUGAACAUCAACAAGAGCCUAUGACGGUACAGUUCAUCUCCUAUCCUUUCCAUGGAUCAGUAUCACUAAGGGCAGGGCCUGCUCAAUUUGGCUACAACCUGAAAGUGAAACCUCCGAUUCUGGGACAUGUCGCUGUGGUCCAGCCGUACGAUGCAUGUCGCCCCCUCCAGAACCCCAGGGACCUGGAGGGCAAGAUUGGCUUGUUGGAGAGAGGGAGCUGUAUGUUUAUGGACAAGGCUAGACGUCUUCAAGCAGCGGGAGCUAUUGGUGGAAUUGUAAUAGAUAAUAACAAAGAAAGUUCUGCAGAGUCCAGCCUGUUGUUUGCAAUGUCAGGGGACGGACAGUCGGACGUCACAAUCCCCAUUGUCUUUCUGUUCUUCAAGGAGGGACAGCGCUUGUUGGAAGCGGCCUAUGAGUACCCAGAGCUACAGGUCCUUCUGACCUACACUCCUAAGAAUAAUGUUGUUUUUAAAACAGCUAGGGAAGAAAGUUUACAGCAGCAUAACCCAAAUCCAAAUAGUGCUCCAAACCAAGAAAUCCCAACCCAGACUCAUUCUACAGGUGUGGUGGAAGAUCCCUCCAGUGGUCAGGGGGAGGGGCCACCCACCGAUAAAUCUGCAGAACUCAACCCCCAGGGAACCAAGCUGUCACAGUCUGUUGUGUCGUUGGAAUCUCUAGGAAAAUCCACAGACACCUAUAGCUGCAGCAUUCAGUAUGGUCCAGUGUUUCUGUCUGUCUUUGCCACAGUACUUCCCGGUGAAAACAAUUUCAAGAUAAACAAACACAAGGAUAACACAGUCGAUCUGAGAUUCCAUUUAUUUGAAGUUACUGCAAACAAAAAACCUGAAAUUAAUACAUUGUAUGUUGAAAUAGUGGAUUUAUUGCGUCAAAAGACAAACUUCCUGUCCCUAGAGAAUCAAGAACAAUACCUAAUAGCUUUAGCGAGAAUGCUAGAAGCUGCCGUUUUUCAGCUUGAUAUUAGCAAUAUGGAAGGACAGAAGAUUCUGAAACUAGCAGGACUUCUCAGGAUUGAAGAUGACCCAUCAAUUAUCUCAGGAUCAAAGACUGCUUGUUCACAGCAUAUAGAUACAACAUUAACAAAUCAUAAUCCCUUAUUCUGCAAGAAAAGGACUUGUCCCUUACUGGAAUACAGUCAAAGGAGAGAGCAGUGUUCCAAACGGACAUGUCAUACCACGCCCAACUCAGGAAUCCUUACCCCCCAGAACCAGGGCAGUGAUGGGGGAUAGCUUUAGAGGGUGUCUCCCAUUUUUAUUGUACCCAUUUAGCACUUUGCUAUAUGUAGCUUCCAUUUGUCUUUCCCCAUUAAGUACAAAAUCUGCAGUGUAAGUGCAUGGUAAGGUAAUUUGGGAUAAAAUAAAUACUGUAAACGUGGUUAUUUACGCGUAGGAGAAAAUUUCACUAGUUGCACAGUAAAUACCCAUGAUUACAACAAUAAUAACUUUAAAGUGGUAAAUCACACAAGAGUAUAUUUAAUAACCACGCGUAUUGUUUGACUAUAAAGAAAAGGCAAACUUUACCACCGCGUAAAUAACCACUUUUUCAGUAUAUUACCUUUUUUACCAUUAAAGCCAAAGGAUGUAACACAAAAUUAAUACACAUGCAUUCAUGUGUUCACAAAUGUGAAUAAGUGUAAUAAAGAUCUUUCUCCUAUGUGUUCUAUUUUUGCAACUUCAGUUUAUUAAAUUUCUGCAAUUGCCAGUUUUUUUUUCAAUCAGUAAGGUAUUAAUAUUGAUAUAUUAAUUUUCUUUCAUACCAUCAUCUUAUAUAAUGUGUGAAAUAUGAGUACAUGUAAAUUUUAAUAUUUUUUUCCCCAACACAAACACAAUUAAAAUCACAUAGUUAAUGUAAUAAACUCUGAAACACACAGAACUGUUACAAUGUCUUACACAAAGUACAUGUAAUUUGUAAUAAUUGUCAGAACUAAAAUUCAAACCAAAUACUAAGUAUAUGCGAGACUUUGAUGUUUUGAACAUUGUAUGUACUAUUUAUUUCUUACGUUUGUCAUACAAAGCCUAUAUUGAAAACACCAUUACAGUUUAAGCAGUUAGAGAAUGAAUUCAAUACAAUCAUGGAAAUUUAUUAAGUUUGAGUUUUUGGUAUCAAAUUUUAAUCAGCAUUAAUUUUGAUUGCUCAAAAUUUUUAACAAUAUAUUUGCAAUUAAUUAGUUUGCCCUAUUUAGAGUUUUCCUGUUCAUAUUUGUGAAUGAAAAGGAAAUUAUAAAUUAAUGUUUUGUGUUGUGCAAGUGCCUGUAUUAAAACAAAACAAUCAAUAUGCAUAAACUUUGUUUUAUAAAUAGAUUGAUUGAUUGCUGUAAGUGUAGUUCAUUUACAUGAAGGCUCUGAUUGAUUUAUAGAUUCUGAGGUAGUUUAUUGGCAUAUAAAUUGCAUACAUAUUGCCAUAUAAUGUUUCAGUAAAUCUCAAUAUGAUUCACUUAGUCUUGUGCAUAAUCUUUUGUUUUCUAUCUUGCAGCAAACUAAGUGUGUUUGGUGCAUUUUUACUAUAGAAAAUUAUUUAUUUUGUGAAGCUUGUUUUUUUUUAUGUUGGUUAUGCUCUGUAUGUACAUGUAUGAAACAGAAAGUGAAAGUAUAAAAAUUAGAUUUAAAUUUUUUUUUGCUCGGAUCUCUUGAUAAGUCUACCUGAUCACUGAUUUCACAAAUUGAGAAACAUUUUAGACCUUGAAGUCUAGUGUAAGUUAUUUAUUUUUUUGGUUAUUUCAAAAAUUUGUAUAGAGAUUGUAUCUAGGAUGUCUUGAUUUUGUUACAUGUAUGUGGAGAAUCCUUUAUAUUUUUAUUUACAUAUCAAUGAAGUAUUGUUUUGAUUAGUAAUCCUUUUGAGUGAUAGAGUGAGAGAAAGAAAAUGAGUGAUGUAGAAAGAAAGAGAGAAAG